CUGGCAACACUGGUCUGCUGGUAUCUAUUGCAAAGCAGCUGCAAAGUUUAUACAUCCAUAAUAUAACCUCUUAAUAAAAUAUAAUUCUAAAAACCUAUCGUUUGAAAGUUAUGUAAUAAACAAAACAUUAAUAAGACAAAAUGCCUAGCUACGAAUUAGCAUUGAUGUUGCGGGCCAUGCCAAAGGCAGAACUAAAGACUACAUUGAAGCGUGUGGCUAAUGCUAUUUUCGACCGUGGAGGUCUUAUAAGAAACAUUGAAAACUUGGGAAUGAGAUCAAUGCCAUACAAAACCAGCUCUCACGGGUUGGUGCAUCGCGAAGCCAAUUACUUUAUAUUCAAAAUCAGUACACCGACACAAUCUAUGGCAGAUUUGAGAGAAGAAUACAGCAGAGACGUCGAUAUCAUAAGGCAGCGAGUAUUUAAGGCUGCAGAGAACAAUAAUAGCACUUGCACUCUUGAAGAAGAACUAUUACCGCCUGCGUAUCGAGAAGAGGUCCAAAAAAUGAUAGAAAUAGGAAAAACUCAAGUAAAUCCAUUCACAUAUAAAUUUAAAUACAAUUCUGGUCUUGAUUAUUAUCCAUUCCAAAAGUAAUUUUGGAUACAUAGUAACUUAUUGUAUAUAUAUUGUAGAAAUAAAAUUACAAUUUAGGUUCA